UGGCAAGCUGGUUCAUAUGCAGUUUUGUCCGAAAGAAGAACUUGAAGAAAGAAGACUUUGAAGAAGAUUUAAAUCAGGAGAGAAAAUGAUGUUUGGCAUCGCAAUUUUUGUUGCUUUGGUGAUUUUUUCUUCCCCAUCAGUGUAUGGAGCAGAAAGCGACGUGCUUCGAGUUUUUGACGAGAAUUUACAAUUGACCGAGAAAGAGAUGGAAGAAUACAUGAAGCAAGCGAAUCUGGAAAAAUAUGGUUUUAAGAGAACCGAGGAGACCACGACUGAAACGGAUGAAAAUGGAGAGAAAAGUACAAAGAGAAUCAUCUACUACAAGGUCACCGAUGAUUGUUCUCGAGUCAUGUUCUGGGAAGGAGUCCUUGAACAACGCUUGCCAGAGAAAUUAAAAAAUCUGAAAAUCUUUUCAACCACCGUGAAAGAGAUUCAGAAUCGUAUUGCUGGCAGGAAGACAAAGGAAUGCACAGUCGGUUUAGAGAUCCAUCCAGGUCGCUGUCUCAAGUCCAGUGGAAGCAAACGUCGUGUGGCUAGAGCUUGCAAUGGGUGCGGUAUCUGUUGGGGUGCAGCCAUCGUUUACGGCAACUAAGGAAUAUAAGAUACUUGUACUAAUAAUCUACAUUUGAUUAUCUCUGUAGUAUUUCUGUCAAUAUAGACAGCAGUAGUUGGAUUAAUAAAUGA